CGCGAGUGGGUCGUCUUCGCUUUCCCCUCGCCGGUCUGCCCGGUGGCGAGAGCCGGUGGCGGGGCGGCCCCAACCGGCCAGGCUGCCAAGACAGCCCGCCCUCCCGGCCUUUUGCCAGCGCCUCAUUCGGGAGCGGGGUUGCGGCGGCUUCCGUGCUGACUCUGCCCGCUCCGCCUCUGCUUCUGCCCGAAGCGCGCCCGCCGGUUGGGGGUUUUCGGCGCGAGAGCUGCUCGCCAGCUGACGCCGGGCUCCCCUUGCUCGCGGAGGAAAAGCGGCCCGCGGCGGCGGCGCCACUGACCGGAGAGAUGGCCAUGGCCCACCUGAGGCGUGCGUUCCAAGCAGCAGCAGCUCUCCAACUCACCCGCCCUGGACGACGGCUCCGGUUCCUCAGUAGCAGUGCUGGCCAGACCACAGAGAAGAACGUCCCGUACCAGAAGACACUGAAGGAAGACGGCCACCCCCUGCCUCAAGGGCCCACGAAGCCCCUCCCUGCCUCCGCAGAUGUGGUGGUAGUGGGUGGAGGUAGCCUCGGAUGCCAAACAGUCUACCACCUUGCCAAGAUGGGUGUGACAAACGUGGUCUUGCUUGAAAGGGAUCGUUUGACCUCAGGGACCACCUGGCAUACUGCAGGCCUCUUGUGGCAGUUGCGCCCAAGUGAUGUGGAGGUGGAGCUCUUGACUCACACUCGUAACGUGGUCAGCCGGGAACUGGAAGAAGAGACAGGCCUUCACACAGGGUGGAUCCAAAACGGAGGGCUCUUCAUUGCUUCCAACAAGCAAAGAUUGGAUGAAUACAGAAGGCUCAUGUCACUAGGUAAAGUGUUUGGCAUUGAAUCAUAUGUCCUGUCUCCAGGGGAGACCAAAGACCUGUACCCCUUGAUGAACGUGGAUGACCUCUUUGGCACGCUCUAUGUCCCCGAGGAUGGCACAAUGGAUCCUGCUGGGACCUGCACAUGCCUUGCUCGGGCAGCCAGCAGCCGAGGGGCUCUGGUAGGAUCCUGGAUUUAUUAA